GGCUGCCAUGAGAUAUUUUGUAUUUUUAAAGGCCCUGUUUUUUUAUUCUUCGCUCAGAAGUAUCUUUGCUUCUCCUCGAUGAGGAUGAUCGUAGAAUGGUUUUUCUCUAACACAGAAGAGUUUUUCAGAAGAAUCCAGAAGGGAAAGAAGUCAUUUCAUGUAGUCUGUUUAUAAAUCCACUCACCUGAAGAAUCUGCUAACCUGUAAAGUGAGACAGUGUUUUGACGACUAGCCACAGAAGCACAGAAUUGCAGAUAUAUGUUUUAACUGGAAAGGAUCACAACAUGUUGGCAGAUUCAGUCUCAGAUCAUCACAGGAGAUGCUUUUCAGGCAGGCCCAAGCAAGACACCUGUUGGUCUUGGGUUGUGUGCUUGGCAUGUGCUGCUUCCAAUAUUAUAGUCUGUGGAAUUGUUAAUACCUAUGGUAUCAUGUUUCCAUUUCUGUUAGAAGAGUUUCAACAAGGAAAGGCUUUGACAGCUCUUGCAGGUUCAUUUGCGAUGGUUGGCAAUGGCUUAUUUAGCCCGGUGGUAGCUCAAGUUUGCCAUAGAGUUGGACCGCUAAAAACAACCAUAAUUGGGGUCUUUAUCUGCUGUGGGGCCCUUCUAGCAACUUCAAAAGGACCCAACAUGCACCUCAUUUUACUUACUUAUGGUGUUUUUUUCGGCUUUGGUACAUGUUUUGUAUUUUUCGUCCCAUAUCUGGUAAUCCCUCUCUUCUUUGCCAAAAGGCGCGCUUUUGCAUUGGGGCUUCUAGCCAUGGGUCCUGGAGGAGGUUUGUUUAUAAUGAGCCCUAUUGUGGAAGGCCUUCUUGUUGCAUACAGCUGGAGGAAGACAUAUAUGAUCCUUGCUGGGAUAAUGGCUGUAGCCCUGCCAUUUGUUUGUACUGUUGGGCGCAUUCCUGAACAAGGCAAUGAGCAAAUUUUUGAUGAAGUUGACAAAAAAGAAACGUGUCGUGAAAGAAUGUGUUCAACUCUCAAGAAUAAGCGAUUUGUUAUCAUUUUAGAGUCCAUGUAUACAUAUUAUGCAGUGCAUUAUAUUCCACUCGUUCAUAUGGCCCGCUACUGUGAGGAAGUUGGUAUACCGACGAAAAAAGCCUCUCGCCUUUAUCUAUACAGUGGGCUGACGUCAUUACUUAUCCGUCCUGUGAUUGGUCGGCUGUGUGACAUAAAGUGGAUCGAAGCGUGUUACAUUUAUCAGUUGGCGGGCGCCGUCAAUGGAGUCGCGACGUUGUUGUUACCGCUGGCCACGAAAUAUUUUCAUUUUGUUUUAUACUUAGUGGUGUGGGGAUUUGCCGAUGGGGCUACAGGUUGCUCCGUGUGUAUUGCCAUCAUCGGCUCUUUUUCAGACAAACAAAGAGCCACUGCCCUGGGGAUUAGUUUUACAGUCACUUGCGUCGUAGCAGCCGCUGGUCCUGCUCUUGGAGGUCUGAUGGCAGAUGAGUUGGGGUCAUACGUUCCAGCAUUUUACAUGACAGGGGUUAUACUUGUUGUAGGCGCCGCUGUCAUAUUCCUACUCCCGUUUUUCAAGUUAGAAAACCGUACACUUGAGACGAAGUCCGACGAGAGACUCCUUGUAGUGGAAAAAUGUACAGUAGUUUGAUGGCAAGAAUUCUAGCCACAAUUUUCGGAAAUGCCUUUGUGGCAGUAGAAGUUUAGUCCCGAAGUCACAAUCACUGGUUUUCUUUCUUAAAUACAAUUGCUUUUUUUUAUUCUCUCACACCUUUUCUUAAAAACGAAACGUUCUUUUAAAAGCAACAUACAUGACUACGCUCACGUGUUGUGUCAAUCAAAAUUCAAGUACGUUCGGGUCCAGUCCCCGACACAACUGUUUCUACAAUAGAUUAUGACAAAUAAUUUACUGAUAUAAAAAAAAAAAAUUAGCCUGAGAGUAAGCCCUCAUCUUUAGCGCCACGAGACGCGCGUUAUUUCACCCGCUGGGAGGUUUGGGACGAGUUGGAGAGAAGUUUACUGGGGGUCUGAAACUCAGUGCUAGACCCCUCGCAGAUCUCUCGACGGCUCAAGGCCCCCAUGCUUUCCCGCGUGCGAAGAAACGCGCGCUGAAUGAUGAUGACCUUCUCGCGAGCUAGUGAUAUAUUCAUCGCAGCUAGGGGCUGAAUAACGUAUAUUUGAGUUAUAAAAGUUUUAAUUUGAUACGAAGAAACUUAAAAUACCUAAAACUAAGAAAGGUUAUAGUGCUAUCGAUAAAAAAUUAUGAGUAAAGAAAAUUAUUUGGGAUCUGAUUAAUAUCUCGUACGCAAAAAUUAUGGCUAUCUCAAAGAAUUAUCCGGAGUCAUCUAUCAUAAAUAAAACUAUGCGAAAUAUAGUAAAUGAUACAGGCAGCGACUAUUUAUUCUGAAAUGUGACGACUUGUUUCAGAGAAAUCCUUCAUUUAAAAAAAUGUAUUAAAUCAAGUGUUAAGAUG